AAACACGUGACCUAUGACAUUUGAUAUCAAUGUCAAACUUUAAGUUGUUUUUUUAGGAUGCCGUAUUACGACUACUUCUUGGUUCUUGACUUUCAAGCUACUUGUGACGACAAAGUCAGAGUUUAUCCUCAAGAAGUUAUCGAGUUUCCAGUUUUGCUCUUCAAUGCGCGUACUUUUGCUACAGAAGACGUUUUCCAUACGUAUGUAACACCUACCGUACAUCCCCGUUUAUCUGCAUUCUGCACUAAACUAACAGGAAUUACACAAGAUAAAGUGGAUGGCCAACCCACCUUGCACGAAACAAUGCAGAGGUUUCAUGAAUGGAUGGCUAGUCAUGGUUUAUUAGAUCCAUCUGUGAAGAGCUGCUUUGUUACUUGUGGCGACUGGGACUUGAAAACAAUGCUUCCAUCCCUGUGCACUUAUUUAAAGCUUUCCAUUCCAGACUACUUCAGGAAAUGGGUAAACAUAAAAAAGGUUUUUCAACGAACGUUUCAUAAGCCAAAACUAGUAGACAUGGUUCCAAUGUUGGAUGAUCUUGGCUUGCAGCUUGAUGGCCGGCAUCACAGUGGAAUAGAUGACAGCAAGAACAUCGCCAAAAUUCUCAUUAAAAUUUUGGAAAAGGGAGUCAAUUUGAGAGAAACCAUGACGUUGCCACCUUUUGAAGUUGAUGCAGCAAUGAAAUGAUUGAGAUGUGCAUGCAGUGGUCGGUCGGUGAUCAAAUUUACAUUGUGGCUGGUUCUCAUGUAGUAUACCACUGUGAGAACUAAAUAGUGAUUGUUACAGGUGCAAGUGUGCAUACGUGUGUGUGUGUGUGUGUGUGUGUGUGUGUGUGUGUGUGUGUGUGUGUGUGUGUGUGUCUGUGUGUGUCUGUGUGUAUCUAACAUUCUAUAAAUGGGCAGAGUCUGACACAUCAGACGACAAGCUUUCAAA